AGCCGGGCAUGGAUCUUACUCUCAAACUUACCGCCCACUGUGAAACCCGAAUCUUGUUCUAGGGUUUAAGAUUUUAGCUGUUUCUGCUCUUAAUUCAUCGAGCUUCCUUCUCUUUCUUCCUCAACCUUCACUAAUCAUCAAUGGCGAAAACCCCAUCUCCAAUUUCAAUGUGAUGCUGUUACAAACUUAGCUGUUUCAUUCAAUCAAGAGCUUUUCAGGAAUUUUAUUUCAUUUCUUCUCUCUAUUCGUCGAUUUCGUUGCUAAAAGAUGCAAUUUCUGAGUCGAAUCUUAUCGCGCAAUUCACCUUCAUGUUACUUCAGUAGUGCGAGUAUAUUAUCAAAGUAUUUGUCAGAAAUCACCCCAAUUGAAUCCCCCAAAUUCAAGCUUUUUACAAAUUCUAGAGGUUUCUCGAAUGAAUCCAAAAAUGGCGGUGGAAAUCUUCCAUGGGGUAACAGCAAAGUAGGCGGUGAUAAUUUUCAGUGGGAUGAAUCGGCUUCUUCUUGGUCUACUGGGUUAACCAAAGAUCACUUUGAUGGGGAAGCAGUGGGUCAUCAGGUUAGUCAUCACGUACCUUAUGGUGGUGGGGUUGGUUCGGUAUCGGAACCUCGAUCGAAUUCUCGUUCAUCGGGUGAUUCGUCAGAGAGAUUGUUAAGGAAGCAAUUGGCAGAGCUGCAGCGUGAGGCGCGGCGAGAGGCGAGGAGAGAGUUGGAUGCUGAGGAUGUGUGGGAUGAAAAGAUGGAAGAGACUAGUGUGGUAUUGAAGCAGAUUACUGAGCCUGGUGCUAGAGGUUCUUACUUGAAGGAUUCCGAAAAAGCCGAAAUGUAUCGGUUGCAUAAGGGAGACCCUGAGGUUUAUAAUGUGGAACGGUUGGCUAAGGAUUUUAGGAUUAUGAGGCAAAGGGUGGUUGCCAUUCUUUGGCUUAAGGAGCUUGAGGAAGAAGAGGAGAAAAAGCUUGGUGAACCUUUGGAUGAUUCUGUUGAGCUUUUGCUUGAUGCUUUCCCUGAAUUCUUCGUUUCCCAUGAUAGAGAGUUUCAUGUAGCCUCACUUCCAUACAAACCUGAUUUUAAGGUCAUGCCCGAGGGUUGGGAUGGCACCACUAGAGAUCCGGAUGAAGUACACUAUGAGAUAUCAAAGAAGGAAGAUGAUAUAUUGUAUGAAGAAUUCCUUCAGAAGUUUAACUUCAACAAGAUGAAAUUCAAGAACGAGGUUAAGGUGCACAAAUAUAGUAGGAGGCGCCCUUCAGAUGGUUGGAGUUUUACAGUGGAGAAGUUAGGACCUCGGGGAAAGCGUGGAGGAAGUGGUGGAUGGAAAUUUGUGAGUCAACCAGAUGGAUCAACACGACCAUUGAACGAUAUAGAGAAGAUGUAUGUCAAGAGGGAAACUCCUCGUCGCCGUCGAAAAAUACUCCCGUAAGAAGCAAAUAUUCAUAUCACAGCUACAACUUAGGCAGCAUUUUUUGUUUGGUUCUUUUGUAUGAUAGAGCUGUUAUCUCUUCUCCAAAUUUGUAUGGGUGCAAGUCGGCACUUUUGUAUUCCUGGAUCUGGUUUUGGUUGACAUUUCCUAUGAUCGAUUAAAACAGAGGAUUUGUUGACAUAUCUCUAAGGGUGAAUAAAAUGAUCCACUCCAAAUAUUUGGCUAAACCACUUGCUUUUCCCCCCUACCAAAUGAGUGGAUCAUUUUGUCAAGUCCUGGGAUUGUUUUAUCUAUCUCCGAACUAACGUUGCAGCAGGUUUUAAUUCGAAAGUCUUGGCCAAUGGAAGUUCACCGUCUUCUUUACUUGUAGACGAGAUGACUGUAGCCGGGUUUCAAUUCUAGGCUUUUCGAGUAUUCGGUAUACCAUAUUGACUUUGUUAAGCAAUAAACCAGUCAAUCUGCUAAUUUGCUGGCAGGUGCUUCUCUUGUCACAACAGUUGGCAAUUGUAUGAUGUAUUAUACUAUCUUUCCAAAUUGGAUUGUCCAUUGCAUUUGUAUUUGUAUUUGCCAGAAUUAAGUGAUUUAAAUAUAUUAGGAAGAGUUGAUAUUUGCGUUGA